GACCCGGGUUGUAGGGACCUCAACUUAGAAGUUGUACCUAGCUAGACCCAUCAAACAUUCCUCCGUCUAGACCUUCGGUGCGCAGUACAGCCUGGUGCUGUAACGACAACUCGCACGGCAUGGGGAACACACUUUCCAGCAAGCCGGCUAUUAAGUCGCCGCUUACCAUAUCCUCAGAUACAGUUGUUCCGCUGCACCGGUUCGACGAUACACCGAUCACCAGAAAUGUCAUUGUCGAGUUUACGAUGAAAUUUGAUGACGUGUUGGAUCUCGAUAAGCUGCGCCUAUCGCUGGAGAAGCUUCUGAGCCGGCAUGACUGGCGUAAGUUGGGCGCAAGACUGAGACUCAACGCUGAUAAUAAACUCGAAUAUCACAUUCCGGAUUCCUUCAGCGAGAAGAGGCCGUCGUUUACAUACUCACAUGUGGAACAUGAUGUCGAGAUCUCCAGGCAUCCGACAGGGUGUCGUCUUCCGAGAGCCACCGCAAAACCCACCGUGCUGAGUGACCCGGAGGAAUUUGCGCCCUUGCUGCGUCGAUGGGAUGCCCCUCGAUGGCUUAGCGACUACUUGUACACUGACGCACCGCAGCUGAGCUUACACAUUGUAUCAUUUACCGACGCGACGAUUGUGUCGCUCUCGUGGCCGCACACCCUACUCGACGCGAUGGGGCGAAAGGAGCUCCUAGACGCUUGGAUAGCCGUGCUCGAGGGCCGGGAGGACGACGUGAAACCGCUCCUCGGCGUGUUACAAGACCCUCUGGAACCGCUGGGGAAAGAUCCGCAAGAACCGUACGUCCUGGCUCACCGCCGCCUGUCUCCGAUCCAAGCCCUGAUCUUCGCCGUGACCUACAUCUGGACAACCUUAUUCUGGUCGCGCGGCGAGGACACGCGAAUGCUCUGUGUCCCGGCCGCGCACGUGCGGUCCCUGCAUAAGGGCGCACUCGACUACCUCGCCUCCCAGACGGAUGAGAUCGAGGACGAGAAGGCGAAACCGUUCGUCAGCGAAGGCGACGUGCUGUCGGGCUGGGUCACGCGCCUCGCCCUCCAACACCUCCAGCACACGGAAAAAACGGUGUCGAUCAUGAACGCCUUCGGCAUGCGCUCGGUGCUCUCGAAGGACCUCCUCCCGCAGACCCACGCCUACGUCGGCAACGCGGUCGCCGGCGUCUGGGCGUUCGUAUCCAUGCGGGACCUGUUCGCGCGGCCCCUAGGCCACGUCGCGGCGUCGGUGCGCCGGUCCAUCGCCGAGCAGGGCACGCGAGCGCAGGUGGAGGCGCGCGCGGCGAUCGACAUCGCGGCUGGCAAGAAGGGGAAGACGGCGCUGUACGGGGACCCGACGAUGGUGCCGAUGAUGAUCUCCAACUGGAGCAAGGCCAAGUUUUUCGACACGGACUUUUCGGCCGCGGUGGUGCGUCCGGGGGCGGACCCGGCGAAGCGGACUAAUAAGAUCGGGCGCCCGUCGUACGUCCAGCCCAAUGGUCUGGUCAACGGCAUGCCGACGCGCAACUCGUUCCCGAUUGUCGGGAAGGAUGCUGCGGGUAACUAUUGGCUUUCUGGCACGCUGCGGAAGGGUCUCUGGGAACAGGUCCAGGAAGAAAUGGAUGCCGAGCAUUAUUACCUGUCCCGUCAGUCCGCGAAGGCCUAGAGAUGUACGAUUGAGACGCCCCGAUUAGUCGGUAUAAAUGGUUGAAGUUUGACGAAAGCUCCAUUCAUGCCUGUAUAUACGGAUACCCUGUAUGUUCCAUGUUUGUUUGUUACCUAGUAGCGGU